UUCAUCGUUUUGUCUCUUUCUCUCUGUCUCUCGUAUCUCUCUUAUUACUCUGUAUCUUGAAUUCUCUCUGAUAAUGUCAAUGAACAACAUCGACGACGCAAAGACGGAGACUUCAGGGUCUUCAGGUUCAAGCGACUCUUUCUUGCCCCUCAAGAAACGCAUGAGACUUAAUGACGAACCAGAAAACGCCCUAGUGGUUUCGUCUGCGACAAAGACGGUUGUGGUUUCUGGUAAUGUCAAGUACAAAGGGGUGGUUCAGCAACAGAACGGUCAUUGGGGGGCUCAGAUUUACGCAGACCACAAAAGGAUUUGGCUUGGAACUUUCAAAUCCGCUGCUGAAGCCGCCACGGCUUACGAUAGUGCAUCUAUCAAACUCCGGAGCUUUGACGCUAACUCCCACAGGAACUUCCCUUGGUCUACUAUCACAGUCCACGAACCAGACUUUCAAGAUUGCUACCCAACAGAGACUGUGUUGAACAUGAUCAGAGACGGUUCUUACCCGCACAAGUUCAGAGACUUUCUAAGAGUCAGAUCUCAGAUUGUUGCGAGUAUCAACAUGGGGGGAACAAAACAAGUCCGAGGAGAAGUAAAUCAAGAAUCUGACAAGUGUUUUUCUUGCACACAGCUUUUUCAGAAGGAAUUGACACCGAGUGAUGUAGGGAAACUAAACAGGCUUGUGAUACCUAAGAAGUAUGCAGUGAAGUAUAUGCCUUUCAUAAGCGAUGAUCAAAGCGAGAAAGAAGAAGGCGAAAUAGGAGGAUCUGUGGAAGAUGUGGAGGUUGUGUUUUACGACAGAGCAAUGAGACAAUGGAAGUUUAGGUAUUGUUACUGGAAAAGUAGCCAGAGCUUUGUCUUCACCAGAGGCUGGAAUAGUUUCGUGAAGGAGAAGAAUCUCAAGGAGAAGGAUGUUAUCGUCUUUUACACUUGUGAUGUCCCGAACAAUGUCAAGACAUUAGAAGGUCAAAGCAAGACCUUCUUGAUGAUCGAUGUUCAUUACUUUUCAGACAACGGUUCCGUGGUCGCUGAGGAAGUAAGCAUGACGGUUCAUGACAGUUCAGAGGAAGGAAUGAAAACAGAAAACUUGGUUAGCUCGAAGUCAAAAGAUAAAGAAACCAAAACAGAGGAAAACAAAGGAGGGUUUAUGCUGUUUGAGACCAUGCCGAAGAACAAGGGAAAGGGAGGAAAGAAUAAGAAGAGAGGAAAGAAUGAAGCUGAUGAUGACAAGCGCGAGCUUAUCUAUAAGGAAUUCGGGCAAGAGUAUGCACAAGUUGUUCGUAUGCUUGGCAACGGCCGAUGUGAAGCCGCUUGCGUUGACGGGAGUAAACGUCUCUGCCAUAUCCGUGGUACCUUGCACAAGAAGGUUUGGAUCUCAGCCGGUGAUAUCAUACUUGUGGGGCUGAGGGACUACCAAGAUGACAAAGCUGAUGUCAUCCACAAGUUCAUGCCUGAUGAGGCAAGAUCUCUCAAGGAGCAUGGUGAGCUUCCGAAGAAUAUCCGUCUUAAUGAAGGUGUUGUUGGUGAUCUCAAUGAAGAUGAUGAUAUUGCGAGCGAUGAUUACAUUGAGUUUAAGGACGAGGAAACUGUUAGUAUCUAAGUUUGUUUGGUUGGCCUAGUUUCAGCUUUGUAAUGAGAAAUCGAAGACUUGUGAUAAUACUAAUGUUAAAGGUUUGGUGUAAGGAUCCAAUGUUCUUAGGGAAGUUAAGAGAUUUUUGUUUUGGUUUAGAUUAAAGAAUGUAUUAUACU